GCAUAUUUGACAAUAAACUUGACUUGACUUGACAAAUACAUUGAGGAUUUUUUGAGUAUGGCAACCCAGCCCCGCCCCCUGCUUGGGUUUUAAGUGCAAUCCAUGCUCACAUCCUCUCAUUCAACACAGCCCUCUGAGCUGUACGGCUCCUUCACCUCCUCACAGAACCUCACCCUCAGCUCACAACUGCAGUGCUUUUCUUGAAAACAGACAUGGAUGUGCUCCAGCUGUUCCUGUGUUCUGUCCUAUUCAUCACCACAACAUUACACACCACUGACGGAAUAACAGAAGGAUGUGAGGACUGGAAACUUUCUGGUCGAGAUGAAGUCUGCUGUCUUAAAUGCAACCCAGGAAACCGCUUAGUGGAGCCAUGUGGGCAAAAUAUCUUUAAACUCUGUACACCAUGUGAACCUAAUACUUACACAGAUGUUCCAUUACCGUGGUCCUGCAAGCCUUGCACUCGGUGUAUAGAGCCACAGGUUCAGCUGAAACCCUGCAGCGCCGACGCAGAUACUGUGUGUGGAUGCAAAUCUGGGCUUCGCUGUGGAAAUCAGCGCUGUGAAUACUGCGUUCAGGAAUGCCGAAAGGGUCAAGAGCCCACCGAUAACAGGACUUGUAGAGACUGCCCAGAGGGAACCUUUAAUGAUGAAAUCCACAGCACUUGUAAACCAUGGACCGAAAGUUGUCCUAAAGGAGAGUAUAUUAUUGCCAGUGGGAAUAAAUUCCAUGACAUUCGGUGCAGCAGUAUACCAGUGAUCACGCCUUCAGCCUCACCUGAAAUCGAUAUAGUGAAACCCCGAGAUAGAACAGACAAUAAAGCUCUAUAUCUAGUAAUUGGAUGUCUUGGUGGAAGUUCUGCACUUGUGAUAAUUUUCAUUUUAUGGCUGUGGGUCAUUCAUAAAAGAACAAAAAACAUCAGCAAGGACCCAGAACCAGAUACGCCAACCCAUGGCGAGCUCACGUUUAUGAUCGUGGAACAUGAAGAAGCUUGCAGCUUCCAUCAGCCUGAACAGGAACAAGGAGGCAGCUCAGAGUCUAUCAACACGCAAGACUCAGAACAAAAACUCAUACCGUAGUAUGACUUCUGUGUAUUACUUUGUGGAGUCUUUGCUCAUGCUGAACUCGUGGGAUAUUAAACUUGGUGCUGCGCAUGUUUUAGAACACUGAGAUUCUCUCCUUGGUGCAGUAUUGAGGUGGAGCUUUGGACAGAGAGAGAGACGCAUGAAUUUCUUGCUAGUUUACAUACGGAAGGACAGGUCCAAACUCCAACCUACUUGUUGGCAGGAGUUAAAAUGAGAGAGAGGGACUUGCUCACGUAGGAGUCUCGAGGUGAAUGACACUUCUUAUAGAUGUGGGCGUCUCCUACAAGUGUGACGCGAUAAUCUGUAAGUCACCGCUUUCUUGAAAUACCCCAGUGGGCUUCCCCCGGCUUCCUGCUUUAAAUGGCAAUAUUUUAAAUGUCUUCUUAUGGAUAUUUGGACACGAUUCAGGGGAAGAUUACUGAUUUUUUUUUUUUUUUUUAAACAGCAAAACUUCCUGGUACUCGCAAAAACCUUUUUAUUUUUGGAGAUUGAUUUUGAAAGCACCUCUUAUGAAAUCCACAGCCCUAGAACACAGCCACGUGUAAAAACAAUGCUGGUCUGAAAGCUGCAAAUAUCUUAAAAUUGCACAAUAUACAAAGGGUAUUUUGAAACUUUCUGGAACAAGGCCCAGGGAAACUCAAGUAAAUGUGUUGUUGCAUGCAGGGCUUCCCCUGGGAGGACUUAUGUAGUGUAGAUCAGCGAGAAACAUGGGCGCAAAAGAGGAUUUGUGAGAAAUGUUGAUAUAUCUCCUCCACAUUCACUGGAUAUGAGCAAUCGGACGCUCUGAUUGGCUACUCAACAACUAGGCUAUCAGCUCAUAUACCAUGAGUAGAGGAAAAAACAAAAUGGCAGAGCGGGUCACAGAACCAACCGAGGAUGAAAUAAAAACUAUUUGAAAAACAACCCCCCC